UCGACAAGCCCUGAAGGAGAACAAGAGGCAACAGAAAGCGGAAGAAAGUGAUGAUGAUUUGGAGAUCCAGUUUACCCCCCAACAACUCCAGUCGUAUAAGCAAAUCAGAAAAGACUAGGAAGUCAGUGUACGAGAUUCUGUCUGGAGACUAUAGUCCAAUCAUCUGUUGGGGGAAGGUCAAGAGAUGUCACAUGCCGAGAUAAAACUGCUACUUCACUGCAUUACUUGGUGCUAUAAACAAUUACUAGUCAGGCAUAUGAAAAUAUUCCCAUUAAUCUAUUCCAAUGGCCUUCACACGUAUUUCUCCUUGUUCCAAAUUACCUACUCACAUGCAAUUGAAUAUCCGGAGUUUGUUCCGAUAUCCAAUGCAUUAUUAGAGAGGGGACUAUCUAAAAGAUGCACACUCAACAAUUUUGUCGACACGCCACGACCUUUGUUUGCGUGAAGACAUAACCUCCAUGUGAAUUAUCUAAAUCAAAGAUAUAAAUAUGGCCCUAAAUAGCUAUCAGCCUAAUUCUCUCCAGAUUAUUAAUAUGUCGUUUAAGGAACAUUUUUCUGAACAUUCAUCUAAAUGGUACGUCGCUAUUCCAGCCGUGUUGGUACUUUAUUUAGUACUCUCCAGUAUUCAAGCCCGAAUAUUUGCAUAUAAAAGAGGUUGCAAAGCACCAGCUUAUGCUAAAGGUGGUCGUUUUGGUCUCGUUCUUCUAAAGAACGCUAUCAAGGCAAAGAAUGAAGGAACUUUGGACAGGUUUAGCGAAGUGUCUUUGGGUGCAACCAUGACAUCCAAAAUUAGUCUUGGUGGUGUAGUGCCAGUUAUUCUUACUAGAGAUCCUGAAAAUAUCAAGGCCCUUUUGGGUACUCAAUUCAAUGACUUUGCCUUAGGAACCAGACAUGCUCAUUUCAAGCCACUUUUGGGAGAUGGUAUUUUUACCUUGGAUGGCCAGGGAUGGAAAGACUCCAGAUCCAUGUUGAGGCCCCAAUUCUCCAGAGAACAGGUAGCACAUGUCAGAUCAUUGGAACCCCAUAUUCAGCUUUUGCGCAAACAUAUUCAGAAGUUUGGAGGUAAAGAGUUUGAUAUUCAAGAAUAUUUCUUCAAGUUCACCAUCGACACUGCCACAGAAUUUUUGUUUGGAGAGUCGGUCGACACCUUGAAAGAUGCAAGUAUUGGUGAAGUACCAGAUAUAGAGUUUGCUGCCAAGCAUCAGUUUGCUGACAGUUUCAAUGUUUCUCAGGUGUACUUGUCGACUAGAGCAUAUUCCCAGAUUUUUUAUUUUCUUAUCAACAACAAGGAAUUCAGAGAAAGUAACAGCAGAGUACACGAUUUCACCAAUUACUUUGUUGAUAAGGUAUUGGAAAGUGACCCUGAAAAGUUGAGUGAAAUGUCUAAGGGGGGAUACACCUUUUUAUACGAAUUGGCCAAACAGACCAGAGAUCGUACUGUUUUGAGAGACCAAGCUUUGAACAUUUUGUUGGCUGGUAGAGAUACCACGGCUGGUUUAUUAAGUUUCACGUUUUAUGAAUUAUCUAGAAACCCCGUUGUUUGGGAAACCUUAAGAACAGCUGUAUUGCAAGAAUUUGGUAGUGGUACCGAAGAAGAUAUUAGCAACAUUAGUUUUGAAACCUUGAAAAAGUGUGAAUACUUAAAAUGGGUUCUUAACGAAGCGUUAAGGUUGUAUCCUUCUGUGCCAAAUAAUUUCAGAGUUGCUACUAAGAACACCACCUUACCAAAAGGGGGUGGUAAGGAUGAAAGUGCCCCCAUCUACGUUGGAAAAGGAACUACUGUUGCUUAUUCUAUCAUUGCAACCCACCAAAUGGAAGCAUACUAUGGUAGGGAUGCCAAGGUUUUCAAGCCAGAAAGAUGGGCCACCCAGAACAAGUUGGGAUGGGCUUAUUUGCCAUUCAAUGGUGGCCCUAGAAUCUGUCUUGGCCAACAAUUUGCAUUGACGGAAGCAUCUUAUGUUGUGGUUAGAUUAUGUCAGAUGUUCUCUCAAAUCUCCACCACAGACACCGUUUACCCACCAAAGAAAAACAUUCAAUUGACCAUGUGUUUGCAAGACGGGGCCCACAUUAGCUUAAGCUAGUUUUCUAUAUUUAUAAGAAAUUAAUUUUAUAUUCAUUA